AUUUCGAAUGUCACUUCCAGUGCAUCAGAACAGUAGUUUUGUGCAUAGAUCAGCAACUAUUGAAAUACAGUUUAUCACAUCCUUUGUCCAUUAGGAGGCAGCAGUGUUCCAUUCAUGAACUGAAACUUUAGUUUUUGUUUUAAUUAACACAUUGUUUAUUUAAAUGAAGAUAUCAUUCAAAACAGAACUAGCCAUAUGUAUAUAUAAAAUCUAAAUUAGAAUUGAGGAAUUAUACUUUAUUAUUAAAAAUAAACAACUAUGUUAACUGAAUGAGUAUGCAAGUGAAGUGGUUUGCUUUAAGGGAUGUAGGGAUUAGACACUGGAGUGACAGGAAUCCAGAAUAAGGAAUUGUUACUCUGUCAAAUCCCUGUUGGAUCAGUUGCUUCCAGCAAAGGCAAGAUGAUGAUGGGUGAUCUAGGAUCGUGUAACUGAGGUCAAAGUUCAGUCAUUACAGAAAGUGAUGGCUUCUGUUGAGGAGGGUCUGGUCACUUGGUUAUCAGGUUGUUCUUCCUCCCUUCAGAUUAGCAUUGUGUCAGCACUGUUCAUCAUCAUUUAUGUCACAGUCUACAACCUUUGUACAAGCUGUUUCAGUAUGUCUGACAGUGUUUCACCCAGGCAUUUGCACAGACGAGAGAAAACUAAUAUUCCAUCGGCAUCUCGACAAAAUAAACUACCUGAGCCCCAGAGUGUUGAAUAUAUGCCAGAUGCCAAGGAUCUAACUGAUCAUAUAUACUCACUGGUGGAGAAUGAACUGAAUGAGGAAAAUCCUUAUGAGUGCAUUAGUGAGCCUCACUUUCAGCCUCCAUCUGACAAAGCUGACGGGGAGAAUGAGAGCCCUUCCCAAGCAAUGACAAAGCCUGAUGAUAAUCACUCUGUCUCAGCCCUCAACAUACCAGUAAACAAGCAGGCAGUGGAGCAGCCUGAUUCUUUACCUCAACAUUUGACUGACUCAGAACCAACUGCUGUCUAUGCUGAAGUGAACUGGAAAACCAAAAGUCAGAAGAGCUCAACACCUCUGCAUGAGACUGAUACUGUGGUUGAUAUGAGUGAUAUUGCUAAGGAGACUGUCCCUCCCAUUCCAGACAAACAUUUCUAGUAUGACAAAAGGGCAACGUUUUCAUUUUCAAUGCACUAUUAGUAUUUAUUCAUAUUUUGCAAGCCUUAAAUCAAACACGCAACAUAUAUUAACAUGUUGUUAACAAUAAAUAUUUUUGUAUUUAUUGCUAUUUAUCAUGUGAACUAAUAAAUGUAUCCAUUCUUA